UCUGUUGUCUUGGUAACGUUCUUCUACAAUCUGUCAAAAAAAAAAGAAAGUACUAUUGAUUCCUUUUUCUUAAUAACUAUUAUUUCCAUGAAACUGUUUUAGAGAUGCAAUUAAGAUGUAAUCCUGGGAUCAGUAGAAACAGCUCCACACCUUCAAAUAUCUUGACUUAUUUUGCUACGUCACCUGUUUAGUGUCCUGGUUACAGCUGACCUCAUUUCCUCAGACGCAGACACAAACGCAACUACUUGUUAUCACAGCUGCCAAAACAAGUUAUUAACAAUAGAUAAAUAAAUAAAACUUUUAUCUGACCACCUAAUAUUGAACUUUAAAUAAUAUCUCAAAUAUUUGAGCAAAUUGGUUGCAUGUGGCAUAAUAUGCGUAAAAUCAAGCUUAUGUUGCAAUCUAUUUGUCAGCUUGCAGUCAGGGUUCAACGAAAUGACUAAAAAAGAAUGUUAGUUAUAGAAAAGCGUCAGCUUCUUACACAUUUUGAUAAAUUACAACCACAAACUUCUGUGUUUUAUUACGACUUUAGGUCAUAAAUCAUCACAUAGGCUACUUGCAUAUCUAAACCCUUUUUCUUGCUCCGAUUGGAUGUUUGGAGCGGCUGUCCCGUUGCCCCAUUCUCAAGCGUUGUACAUGUUGCCAAGUUAAGCUUCUUUCCACGGUUGCCCCUGUAUUUAACUCCACCCAUCCUCUCCACAACUCUCAACAUCUCUGCCCCUGUUGAUAGGUCAAUCCCCCGCAGCGUGAUGCUGCCACCACCACCUGGAAUCUGAAGAACGAGCACGAAAUAAGAGAGAUGUGCUCUCGCAGAAUAAAAAAGAAAAAAAAAAGAAAAUCAAGACACGGAUUUUUUUUCUUUUCCUCGCAGGCUUAAUGCAUUUAAGUGGCAGGAGACGGACGGAGACAGUCUGCCUCUCUCCAGCUUGGUUUCUACUCCACCACACUGAAUUCAGCCCGUUUGGUAACGCAGCAUCAAUUUUGGCAUUCUCCUACACACUGCAAGAGAAACCUCGGCGGCGUCCAUGCGCAAGAAGACCCACCAUGAGCUCUGAAAGGCGCUGAGAAGACACAGAGAAGAUGAUGUCCUCUAUUCUCCAGGCGCUCCUCCUGGCAGAGGCCUGCCUCUACGUCUGCGGGGCCCCCACGUACGUCCCCGGCUUCACCCGGAUGCAAGACAGCUCCUGCGAAGAGCGCUGCACAACAGACCGGGUGGCGUACACCACAGAGUCUGCUCCCUUGGAGAAAGAGCGCGUUACCAGCUUCAUGCUGGAUGUAGGCGCAGGAGGAGGGACUGGCCCACAUGGAAGGCCGGAGGGGAUAGGUCCAGUGACGCAGGCGAGAAACGGGGUCAGCGCCACUGGAAGAUUUGGGUUGAGCAAGGCUGGUCGAAAGGAGACCGAGCGCGAACCUGAGGAGGAAGAUGUAGAUCUUGUAAAGGAGGACAAGCCUGUGGGUCCAACAGAUGGGAGACAACAGGUGGACACCGACAUGAACACCCACACGCGGACCUCAGGUGGUUUCUGGGCCUCCAUUGCGCCGCAGACGGACUCUUCCUACAGCCAAACGAGCAAACAGGGCGGAACAGACGCGACCAAGUCGUCCGCUUUUGAUUCUGGACAGGAUGGAUACUCUGAAGCGACCUUGCAGUCUUCUCCAAACACUCUCCUCUGGUCCCCAAAACCGGUCUCCCUUAGUCCCGUCCCUGCGUUACUGGUCACUCCUCGGACUUCCACACAGCCGUCAGCGUGGGGCCACGAUCGACCAACGAAAUCCUCGCCUUCCUUUCUCCUUCUACCUGAAAUCGGCCCGCUGAACAUGAUGCCCAGAGACGACGGCCUGGAGAGUCUGUGGACCGAGGCGACGAGACCUGCAGGAGCAGACACGGCGGUCCCGCUCUCUCAGGACGAAGCCACAGAGGCCACCAUGUCUUCAGAGGCCCUGCCUCUGAUCUUCGAGCCAUUUGAAGACGCCACAGAGGAGGGACCAGCCGGAGCAGUGGCGGCGGCGGUCUCCCAGGCACCGGUCGGGUCUCCUGGCGCCAUGGCAACCAGGCUGCCACCCACGUCAGAGGCGGACCCGGACCAGCUGGUGAACUCUGACAGCGAUGGCCCCUCCAGAGAGCCACCGGCUCUUCUGUCCGAAUGGACUUCACCUUGGCAGGCGUCCGGCUCGGAGCUGCUGGAGCCGGUCGGCGCCGGUACCGCUGCCUCACAGCGGCAGGUCCAGACUGAGCAGGAGGAAGACCCUCUAGGGACAGGAACUGUGAGGACCACAAGCUCGGAAGCAGGAACAUCCCGCCAAAACACAAUAACAACCAUUGCGAGCCAUCAGCUCCUGCACAAAUCCAGAACGGGAAUAGAGGAGAUGGAGUCUGAGGAGGACCUGGAUGAAGAAGAAGACGACGAGAACUCUGAGGAAUCGGUGGAAGAAGACAGUGAAGAAGACCUAACAGAAGCGCCAGAAACGUCCUCCACGCAGCCACCGUACAGCCUAAUCCCUCCGCCGCCGGUCUGGGUCCAGCGCAACCAAGGGCUGAUGCGCAGCUGGGCAGAGCUGAUCAGAGAAAAGGCCGGGUAUGUGUCUGGGAUGUUGGCCCCCGUGGGCAUCGGCAUCACCGGGGCCCUGUUGAUCGUCGGCGCCCUCUACAGCAUCCGAAUGCUCCACCGCAAGAGAAGAAACAGCUUCAAACACCAGAGGAGGAAGGCCAGGCAGCCGGAGCAACCCCGGGAGCCUGGCACCAGCUGUCAGGAUCAGGCCAUGCUGCUGGCUGACAGCUCCGAGGAUGAAUUCUGAGAGCAUUCAGGCUUGUUUUUGUGAGCGAUCAUCAAUAGAUGCUCUGCAGUAGGAGCGGUCUGGAAAAUGUCUCCGUCAGUAUUAACCCCAUCAGUCUCGUCUGUUUGGGCACGGCUCAUCUGAUACGCACAGAAGAAGAAGAAGAAGAAGAAGAAGAAGAAGAAGAAGAAGAAGAAGAAGAAGAAGAAGGGCACAUACUGUUUGCAAUGUAAACAGAGUGUGUGCGUGGGUAUGCGCGUGUGUGUGUAUUUGUUUCUAAUACCUUGUGGAGACCAUUUUCCUGACAUAUACUACUUUGUGGGGACCCACUGCUCCUUGUGGAGACCGAAGCAAGGCAGAACGCUGUUUUUGGG